UGUUCAUUCACUCACAAUCACAUCAUUCAAGGAAUUGUUUAUGUGUACCAAAUAAACUAACUAAAGCAUCUUUUCUAUCAAGCAAACCCACUAAAGAAAAAGAAAAACAUGGGAAAUUGUUUGGUGCUGCAACAAAUUAAUGUGGUGAAGAUCAUGAAAACAAAUGGAAAAAUUCUUGAAUACAAAACACAAACACCUAUCAAAGCCGAAAAGGUUUUGCCCUCUCCACCAUCACCAUCACCAUCAUCGCCAAAAGAGCGCAAGAAGGUGAGGUUUGCAGAUCCAGAAGUUCAAGAUGUACAGAAAAAUAGUGCAGUUAGGAUUAAGCUUGUUAUUAGUAAGCAAAAAUUGCAAGAGAUGCUGGAUAAUGGAGGGAUUUCAGUUGAAAAGAUGCUAUCUCUUGUUCAUGGUGAAAAUGGAAUGGAUGGUGAAGAUUUGUGUAAAAAAAGUGAUGAUGCAUGUGCAGGGUGGAAACCAGUAUUGCAAAGCAUACCUGAAGUAAUCUAGCAAUAGAUUUUAAGUUCUAAUACUGUUUUAGCUUUUCAUACUGCUUAAUUAGGCCUUAGAGUUUUCCUUUUUUAAACAUGUCCUAUAAUGUAGUGUUAUAUGUACUAUAAAUAGAGGUUAAGAAAAUAAUCUUCACUCUUCAACUUCAGCAAA